UAUAAAUGGCGACUAAAGUGUUGUGAGCUGUGUUUACAAUUUUCUUAUUUGUAAAUUGGUGAAGGAACAAUAUUCAAAAUGCAUCGAAGAGGCGGAAAAAGGAUCCGUAUGGAUGAGCCACCACCUGAUUAUGAAAGUCCAAUGACUCCUGCAGUAGAACAUGAUAGUUACGGUGGUUACACUUCAAAUUAUCAAGAUUACAAUGAACAAGCAAACUCCUCUUCUGAUGGUAUGUUUGAAUCGCCUCCUACACCUGGUCUGAGAAGAGUCACAAGAUCUAAAGCAAGAGGUGGUUCUCACCCGCAGCCUGUUUAUGUGGCUCCAUCAGCUAGUCCUACUAGUUCUGGUAGAGGAAGACCUCGUGGUCGACCACCAGGUAGGAAAAACCAUUCAGAAGGAAUUCAUCAUUUGGAAGAUGAUGCCAGUUUAUAUUUAACUAUAAAAAAUUGCAAGGCUUCCUUAGCUAGCAUUGUGGAUGAUUGGAUAGAAAACUAUAAGUUGCACAGGGAGCAAGCAUUAAUAUGUUUAAUGCAAUUUUUUAUCAAUGCAGCUGGUUGCAAAGGUAGAAUUACACAGCAAAUGCAGUCAAAUAUGGAACAUGCUGCAAUUAUUCGAAGAAUGACUGAAGAGUUUGAUGAAGAAUCUGGAGAAUAUCCAUUGAUCAUGGCUGGACAAUCCUGGAAAAAGUUCAGACAAAAUUUUUGUGAAUUUGUUCAAACUUUAGUGAAACAAUGCCAAUAUUCUAUUAUUUAUGACCAAUUUCUUAUGGAUAAUGUCAUCUCAUUACUUACUGGUUUAUCAGAUUCUCAAGUCAGAGCUUUUCGUCAUACAGCAACGUUAGGUGCAAUGAAAUUAAUGACAGCACUUGUGGAUGUUGCUUUAACAGUAUCGGUCAAUUUAGAUAACACACAGAGACAGUACGAAGCAGAACGACAAAAGACUCGUGAAAAGAGAGCAAGCGACAGGUUGGAAUCGCUGUUGGGUAAAAGGCAGGAAUUAGAAGAAAAUAUGGAUGAAAUUAAAAAUAUGUUAACAUACAUGUUUAAAUCAGUUUUCGUACAUAGGUAUCGAGAUACUCUUCCGGAAAUAAGAGCCAUUGCUAUGACGGAAAUAGGCGUUUGGAUGCAUAAAUUUCAUGCAAAUUUCCUGGAUGAUUCCUAUUUGAAAUAUAUUGGUUGGACAUUGCAUGAUAAGGUUGGUGAAGUUAGAUUGAGAUGUCUACAGGCCUUGCAACCUCUGUAUGCCAGUGAAGAAUUGAAAGGGAAAUUGGAACUGUUCACUAAUAAGUUUAAAGAUAGGAUUGUUGCUAUGACAUUGGAUAAGGAAUACGAUGUUGCUGUACAAGCAGUUAAACUGGUUAUUAGUAUUUUGAAACAUCACAAUGAAAUUUUAACAGAUAAAGAUUGUGAACACGUUUACGAAUUGGUUUAUUCUUCUCAUCGUGCCGUAGCUCAAGCGGCGGGAGAGUUUUUAAACGAAAGACUUUUCCAACCAGGCGAUAUCGAUGUAGGUAAAACUAAGCGCGGUAAGCGUCGCCUACCUAAUACACCGUUUAUCAGAGAUCUUGUACAAUUUUUUAUUGAAUCUGAACUGCACGAGCACGCAGCGUAUUUAGUAGAUUCAUUAAUAGAAUCGAAUACGAUGAUGAAAGAUUGGGAAUGCAUGACGGAUUUAUUAUUGGAAGAGCCAGGUCCCAUGGAAGAACCAUUAGAUAAUAGACAAGAAACAAGUUUAAUCGAAAUUAUGGUUUGCUGUGUCAGACAGGCAGCCACAGGUGAAGCACCAGUUGGUAGAGGACCCACUAGGAAAGUAACUUCUUUAAGGGAAAUAAAACAGGCUGGCGAAGAUAAACAAAAACUUACCGAACAUUUUAUUGUCACGUUACCCCCUUUAUUGGAUAAGUAUUCAGCUGAUUCUGAGAAGUUAGCAAAUUUGCUGAGUAUACCACAGUAUUUUGAGUUGGACUUGUAUACAAGUGGUCGUCAAGAAGGUUCAUUACAAUCACUACUAUCAAAGCUCAAACAUAUUGCAGAAGUCCAUCACGAACCUGAAGUAUUGGAAACAUGUGCAAAAACUUUGGAAAUUCUUUGUAGCGAGGGUCAUUCCCUUUAUACUCGUUGCGAUGUAGCUAGAUCUACUACAAUAGACAUGAUAGUGGCGAGUUAUAAAGAUGCUAUCGACGAUUGGCGAAAUUUAUUACUGGGCGAAGAAACUCCCAACGCUGAUGAAAUUUUUAAUGUCGUCAGUUCAUUGAAGAAAGUUUCACUAUUUUAUGCUAGCCACAAUUUAAAUCAGUGGAAUCUCUGGGGUACUUUAUUUCAAGAUGUCAAGGAAAUUGACAGCAGUCUCCCUGCAGAAGCGAUAAAGUACAGUUUGAGUUCUUGUUUUUAUUGCCUCUUGUGGGGUUUACGCACAUUACAAUUGACACAAGAAAACGGAGGUGUUACAGGUGCGGGGAUUCAAGAGUUACGACAAAGUUUGAACGAAUUCAUUGAAGCAGCUCAAGAAUUGAUUAGGUCAUCACCUCAUAUAAGUAUUAGAGAGGAAAGUUACGUGUGCUUAUGCGAUCUGUUGGUUGUUUUCAGCGACCAAUUGUAUCGUACGGCUCAGCCGUUGUCGGAACUUAUUUGUGAACCAGAUCGUAAUUUGCAAUUGCUACUGAAUGAAUUUGUGCAAACCUAUGUAUUUGUACCGCAGCAGGAAGGAGAAAAUGAUGAACAUCAUAUAGAGGGUUUGCAUAAAAGAAGAAAUUUCUUAGCAGCUUAUUGUAAACUGAUUGUUUAUAAUAUAAUGCCAACUAAAGCUGGAGCAGAAGUAUUUAAACAUUACGUUAAAUACUACAACGAAUACGGAGAUAUUAUUAAAGCUACAUUGAGUAAAGCCAGAGAAAUCAAUAAGGUUAAUUGCGCGUUGACAAUGUGUUUAAGUCUGAAUAUGAUGUUCCAAGCAUUGGGCAGCGGUGGAAGAGUAACUAGACAACAUGAAGACUUCUUCGGUUUGAAGGAAUUGGCAAAGCGAUUCGCUUUGUCAUUUGGUUUAGAUGCGUUGAAAAACAGGGAAGCUAUAACGGCAUUACAUAGAGCAGGUAUCUUAUUUGCUGUUAGUGGUGGAGAGAAUCACGAAGAUCCCACCGGACCACCACCGAAUCUACCGUUUUUGGAAAUAUUAACGGAGUUCACUAAUAAAUUGUUGAAACCCGAUAAAAAGGUAGUUUUAACAUUUUUGGACAGGAGAGUCACUACAGGUAUGCCAAGCAGUCGAGGUGAAGAUUGGCAGCCACUAUUGAUGUACAGGAAUUCAUUGGUGCACGGCGAAACUGACCAGGUUCCAACUACUAGUAAAAGGGCGUAUGGUCGUAAACGUAAAGAUCCUGAUCACGACGAUGACCACGAAGAUGAUGAUCAUGAAGAAUUUCCAAGUAGUUUAUACAUGUUGUAGGGUAGAUGCUUUAUAUUUUUCCUAGCUUGAUCGUGAAGAAAGUUCUGAGCACUCUUAAAUACAGGAUUCGUAAAGGCGAAGUUUUCUUUUAAUAAUAUUA